GGACGUGAACUUUACAUCAACAAAGCCGGAGUUGAGCAAACGCGACGUGUUUCUGGGAAAGUCCGCUCCGGUUCUGGUUAAAAAGUCCAAACUCUCCCGCUCUUUGUGUUCCUUCUACUUCGCGCGGAGUGUUUCUAGAUGUAAGAUGACUUUUUACAGAGUUGUCUCGGCGGCGCUUGUGCCGAUCUGUUGGGUGUUUUUGGCCGUGGCGGAGGAAGAAGUGGUGAAAACCACCCGCGGCACCACUGCGACGACCAGACCCGCGGUGUCGAACUCCAGCCGGCCAAACUCCACGCACAGCGGCGGGGACGGCCGAGGACUGUUCAACGGGUUCAACGUGACCAGCUCCAUGAUCCAGAGGGCCCUGUACGUCCUGAUCUGCAUCACCGGGAUCGGAGUUCUCUACUUCCUCAUCCGAGCUGUGCGGCUGAAGAGGCCCGCCCAGAGGAAGAAGUACGGCCUGCUGUCCAACUACGAUGACUCUGUGGAGAUGGAUGCGGUGGAGAGCGAAGAGGACGACACGCUGUACGAAGCUCGCAGCCUCCGCAGAUGAGUCCCGUCGGAGUCGUCGUCUGCAGCUCCUUCACCUUCUGACGGAUCAGACGAGUCAUGUGUUUACCGGACGUCAGCUGAUAUUGAUUAUGGAUUGGAGAGAGAGAGAGAGAGAGAGAGAGAGGACUGACCAAUGACUCCCGGAGGAGGGGACAUGGACCAAACAGUUAUUGAAGAUAAACGCCAAAGCUGCAGAAGAACCUGCGCAGGAUAAUCGUUAUUUUUUUAAGGCAGUGUUGGAUGAUUGAGUGGGGGUUUGUUUGGUUAUUAUUGUUAUUUGAAAGAGUCUUUUUCAAAUAAGUUUCUUGUUCCUAUUUUUUCAUUCUGAGCUUUUCUGCUCAGACUGUGCUCAAACUACUGCGAACUGACUCCAGACCAGCUGAUAAACCAGCAGCAGAGAUCGGUCUGACCCGCCACUCUGCAGAGACCUGGACUGGUAUCAGGGGGGUGUUUAUUCCAAAUCUGGCGUAUUUCCCAUAAACGGGGCUCCGUGGGCGCCGCUACUUUUACAAAGUGUUUCUGUUAUGUCGCAGGUUGAAAUAAACGUUUAAGUUGCUCUUUAAUCCCGUUAGCAUUCAGCCAACUCAUUAUUUAAGAACAGUCCACAGAGAGCGAGAGGCACGGGGCCCCGACAGGUGAAGCUGGCCCCUGGUCUUGAUCAGAUGGGCCCGUGUUUUUCAUCAGUCUCAUCAUUUCCUGUUUUCUACAAAGAACUUUAUUUGGUUUAAAUUAUUAUAAAUUAAUCCCACAUUUAUUUAUUUGAAACUUCCACGUGUCGUCAUGUCCGGCGACUAAAAGCCUCCUCUGUUAUAUUUAUUUUUUUUGUUUUUUCCCGUAAGCUUGUAAGUAAUCAUCAGCAUUUUAAAAUAUGGACCGAAUGGAUUAAAUAAAGUUUCAACAUCUUGGAUAUUUUGUUUCAGAGGUUUAAAGAGAAGAAUGAAGCGAACUGAAGUUUCUCUCAGCUGCUGCUCAACUUUCCUGCCAUUUAACACAAACGUUUCACUUUCAGAACAUUUUAAAGAGUUUGUGUCUAAAAGAAAAUCAUUAAACUGUGUGAAAUAUC